UGUGUAUACUUACUACUUGUGUAUAUGUAGUUGUGAAGAUUUUAGUUCAAUGAAAUAUUUGUGUUUUUGUAACCUUAUUUAUUUUGUUUUCCAAUCUGUAUAAAACUAAACAUGCGUUCCUUAAAUUUCUUCCUGUUCUAGUUCUAAUGUGAUCAUGAUGUUUUUAGACUUUAACGAAUGGAAAUCCUGGUUCUACCUCAAAUAACCGACGAAGCAAGAAUGGGCUCUAGAAAGGACAAAUGGGAGGCUUUGGCCACAGUAAAAUCAUUUGAUUUAGGUGUAGCUACAAACAGCGAUCAUGAAUCUUUACAUCAGAGUAUGCAACACAUCGAUUUAGUCAACUCUCCAGCCACUACACCAAUUAGUCUUCUAGUUCAAUCUCUUGUCAAGCAACUUUGUUCAUUACUAGAAAAAGACAUGUCAAAGGCAAACCACCUCUACAACACAAUUUGUGAGAAAUUGCAUAGCAUGAAACUUAUAGAUGAUUCUUAUGCUAUGGGAGAAUUUGAAGUUAUGAGAAGCCAGUAUCAGCGUGCUCUAUACCAACUGGUAACAAUAGCAAGUGGUUCUGAAAUACCUCUAACUCUACCAGAUACUUGGCCUAUUACAAGGUCUGGUCUAGAAUGGUCCCGAUAUCACAAAGAAUUUGAAGAACUUUACUUUAUUGCUGGAGGUGGUUUUGGUAGUGUAUUUAAAGCCCGCCACAGAUUAGACGGAGUUGAAUAUGCUGUUAAGAAAGUAUUCAUCAAGUCUUCAGAUGUUGAUUCCAUUAUGUCGCAUCUUGCUGAAGUUAAAACUGUAGCUAGUCUUAAUCAUCCAAAUAUAGUAAAUUACAAAGCAGCCUGGUUGGAACCUUUAAUAGAAUCAACUGUCAAAAAAAAACGAAAAUACUUCAUGGAUACAGACAAUGAUGAAACAAUAAAUUCAAAUCGUGUUUCGUCAGUAUACUCAAAUUUAAUGAAGUCAUUUAAAACAUACAAUUCAGAAGAACUAGCAAACAAACAUAGCCAGUCCGAUUUUGUUAUAUCUUUUGAAAACUCAAACAGUUUUGAAGAAGAUGCUUCAGAAGAAGAGAGUGAGAGUGAAGAGGAAUCAUCUAUACCUGAGAAAAAUGCUAUCUGCAAAUUUCUGUCAUGCAAGGAGUAUGAAAAUUGUUCACGGGUUAAUCUAAAGUGGGCAACACUAUACAUUCAGAUGGCCUUUUGUCAGCAAACUUUAAAACAGUGGUUGGAUGAGCGAAAUGGUAAUUUGAUUUUAUCCAGGAAAAACUCGGAUGAUUUGUGCCUUCAUCAUGCAGAUUCAAUUAAUUGUGGAAGUUAUGAAGGUCACCUAACUUCAGACAGAACAUACCCAGUAGCUUGCACGAAACUUGACAACUUAGUGGAAAUGUUUACUCAGCUUGUAAGAGGACUACAUUACAUACAUUCUCGAGGAAUUAUCCAUCAUGACAUUAAGCCAAGCAAUGUUUUUGUGGGUCAAAGUGAAAGUGGCUUGCAGGUGCAGUUAGGAGAUUUUGGCUUAGCUUGUCCUCUUCAACAAUCACACAGUGGCUUAGCAUUAGGAACUCAUUUGUAUGCAGCACCAGAACAAUUAGAUGGGCAGUGUAAUCCUAAGAGUGACAUGUACUCUCUUGGUAUAAUACUUUUAGAGAUGGUGGAACCAUUUAGCACAGAUAUGGAGCGUGUUAAAACAAUAACAGAUCUCCGGAAAGGGCAAAUACCAGCUCAUCUCACUGCCAACUAUCCUAAAAUAGCUCACAUAAUUGGUAAACUGGUACAAAGGAAACCAAGUAAGCGUCUGGACACAAAUCAACUGUUAGAAGAACUAAGUAAUCUGUCAGAAAAUAAAGAUGAGAAAAUCAAGUCAUUAAAAGAAGAGUUAGCUGCAAAGGAUGACGAGAUUGCAAAAUUGAAGAUGAUGCUUGCAAAGUUAAAUAACCCUUCAUAACAUAACAUGUUCCUGUUUUUUUUUUAUAUAAAAUUGAUCAUAAAAUUUAAAGUUUUCAGUAUAAAUGUUUUUUUAAAUGUCAUACAAACGUUCGGAAAAGUUAUGAAUAUUUUGGCACAUUUUUGUGUUUGCUUUUUCCUAAAGAUUUGUUUAAGAUAAGAAAUUACAAAUCUAAAUACUUGUGGACUUAUAUUGUAUUUGAUAUUUCUUAAUGCAAUAAGGUUCUUGAAUGAUUAAAUGAGAUUUUUCUCUUUAUAAAUCAUGUGUCUAUUAUACUUACACAUUGACAAUUAAAAUUGUUCUGUCUGUUACCCUUAUGUGGGAUCUAGGUAGUAUGGAUAUGUAUAGCCAAUCUGUUUAACUAAGACUAAAAUAGCAUAGAAGAAUAUUGAUGAACCAUCUUCUUUAGUAUAUAACUUAAACGAAAUAUUAGAAAUAAAAUAAUCAUAUUCUUCUAUACUAUUUAACAACUAACUUGAAACAUUGUCCUGCUGAAAUGACGUGUGGUGAAUAAAAUUGAUUAAGUGUGAUUAAUUAAAUAAAUAGUUAA